UAUACUCAGGAGAAGACAGACACAAGAUGGAUAAUGCAAUGAAAUCUAUGCAAGAUACAAUUUGUUCAUUGCUACCUGACAAAAAUCCAGCGUUUAUCUUUAAAGACUUAAAUGUGGUAGAAACAUUGCAAGAAUUUUGGGAGACAAAGACCAAGCAAGGAGCUGUCUUUAAGAACGGAAGCCUUGUGGUUUAUGAGUCAGGGCCAUCUCCUUUUGCUCCACAUGUAUGUUAUGUGACUCUGCCAGGAGGCAGUUGCUUUGGCAACUUUCAGUACUGUUCGACCAAGGCUGAAGCCAGGCGAGAUGCAGCAAGAGUAGCCCUAGUAAACUCUGUUUUUAAUGAACAGCCGUCUCGUAUAAUCACAAUGGAAUUUAUCAAAACCAGCAUAGAAGAAGCAGUUGCUUCAGUCAGUGGUAGCAUACAUGAUGCAAAGGAUCCUACAACAAGCAUCGGGGCUUAUAACUAUAUGCUGGAGGCAAACAAAGGCAAAACAAUGUUGGAAUUUCAGGAAUUGAUGACUAUCUUUCAACUGUUGCAUUGGAAUGGAAACUUGAAAAUUCUGCAAGAAAGGAAGUGUUCCCGUCAGGAUGUAAUUUCCUAUUAUUCCAAACAAUCUUUGGAUGACUGUUUGAGAAGUCAGAUGGCAUUAGACUGGAUUUUGAAGGAGAAGAAAAUAUCAGGAAUUAUAACUCAGGAACUCCAACUGUCUCUUAAGGAUUUAGAGAAAGCCAGGGAAACUGGUCGUGAAUUGCGGUUCUACAAAGAAAAGAAAGAAAUUCUGACACUCGCUCUAAGUCAAGUUAGGUCAGCAUAUGGCUGUGUUCAAAUGUAUGAAUAGAACAUGGGUCUUACAACCUGGUUCACAUUGUGCACAAAUUCAGGAGUAGAAACAUAGCUUUGAGCAAGAUAACAUGCUUUUACUGUAUAACACUCCUUCUGAUAUCACAAGGAUCAGCAACAUACGAUUGAACUGGCCUGGGAGAUCAUUACAUUCAGCAAGCCUUGCAAAUGUACAAUGAUGUGUGAGUGGCAGAAAUAGUUAAAUGACAAUAUCAACUGAACCCAAGAAUAAUCUGCUCAAAAAAAAACCACCUAAGGCGAAGGGUCCAUUACACAGAAUUCAAAUCAUACUAUUUGCUUCUGUCGUAAAGUUUGCGUUAUCAUUAUUCCAAUUAUAUCAUGUUACUGAUAGCAUGACUGUUUCAUGCACAAAGCUAGUACCAGUGUCCUUAUUGUACUUUGAGAAAUUUUGUGAGAUAAACAAAGAUUCAUAUUUCAAAUGGAAUGAUCUCAAAAUUAUAGCAUAUGGCAGAUUGAUAGAGGAUGAAAACCUUGCUGCUCACAUAAUGGGAAUUCACCUUAUCAUCGUUACAGAGAUAGUAGGAACUGCCAAUGCUGGAGAAUUUGAGAUAACAAGCUGUAGAGCUGGAUGAACAC